ACAAAUAGCAGCUCCUCCCCACGUGUGGCCAUGUCUGUGUGAAGCUCUAGCCAAGCAACAUGGCAGCAUUCGCAGACAGCUACCGCAACUUUAGCCAGCUCACUUGAAGUGAACGUGAAUGACAUAAACGGAGGGGAACGGUCAAAUGGGCAGGUUGGGUCCCCAGAGGUCUGCUGCUGCUCAUUGACGUCUCCCCCAGACCUCUCCCCUCACUAUGGCCAGUGAGGAGGACGAUGACCCCAUCAUACAAGAGAUUGAUGUAUACCUAGCUAAAAGCCUUGCGGACAAGCUAUAUCUGUUCCAGUAUCCAGUACGCCCUUCCUCUAUGACCUAUGAUGAUGUCACUCAUCUAUCUGCCAAGAUCAAGCCCAAGCAGCAGAAGGUGGAGUUGGAGAUGGCCAUUAACACUCUGAGUCCUAACUACUGUCGAAGUAAAGGAGAGCAGAUUGCCCUCAAUGUGGACGGAACCACCUCAGAGGACUCCAACACCUACUCUGUGAAGAUGAUGGACAAACAGACGUUCACAUCCAUCCAGUCCACAACCAACACCUCCAGAUACGCUGCUGCUGUCUUCAGGAAAGGGGAGCUCCACAUCACGCCGCUGCAGGGUAUCCUCCAGAUGCGACCCAGCUUCUCCUAUCUGGAUAAGGCUGACGGCAAACACAGAGAGAGGGAGGCCGCUAACGAAGGGGGAGACUCUUCUCAGGAUGAGGUGGAGGAAGACGUCAAGGCCGUCACUGUGAGGUUUUCCCGUCCUGAGUCGGACCAGGCUCGUCAGCGGCGUAUCCAGUCGUAUGACUUCCUUCAGAAGAAACAGGCAGAAGAGCCCUGGGUCUACCUGCAUUACCACGGCCUCAACGAUGGCCGGUCAGACCACGAGAGGCAAUACCUGUACUGUCAGGCCAUGGGAGGCUCUGAGAACACAGAACUGGUAAAAACACCAAAGGAGUACCUGGCAAUGCUCAUGCCCCCUAUCACAGAGGAGAAGAUUGUGAGGCCCGUAGGUCCCAGUAAUGUGCUGUCCAUGGCUCAGCUCCGGACCCUGCCGCUAGGUGACCAGGUCAAAACCCUGUUGAAGAAUGUCAAAGUGAUACCGUUUGCCAACCUGAUGGGUUUGUUGACCCCUGGGACAGACUCCACUGCAGUGCUGCGCUGCAUCCAGCAGGUGGCGCUACUGGUGCAGGGCAACUGGGUGGUCAAGAGUGAUGUGCUGUAUCCUAAGAACAGCUGUAGUCCCCACAGUGGUGUGCCUGCUGAAGUGCUGUGUCGAGGAAGAGACUUUGUGAUGUGGAGAUUCACUCAGGAGCGCUCAGUGAUGAGGAAGGAGAUCACAGCCAUCAUCAAGCUCCCGCCGGAGGAUGUGAAGGACUUCCUGGAACACAUGGCGGUGCCUCGUAUAAACCGUGGCUGGGAGUUCAUGUUGCCAAGCGACAGUGACUUCAUCAAAAAGCACCCUGACGUGGCCCAGCGGCAGCACAUGCUGUGGAUGGGGAUACAGAGCAAAUUGGAGAAGGUCUUCAACUUCUCUAAGGAGGACGUGGUAUCCAAAAAGCACCCACAAACAGAAGCUAUGCACGUGAGUGGCGAGCAGCGUCUGAAGGCAGCCCAUGAGCGUGCACGACAGAACCAGCCCUCUCUUCAGAAGGACCUGAGCGCUCGUCGACAGGGAAAGGGUGGAGCUGGACCGAGCGGUGGAACCGGGGUCAGAGUCAAAGAGGAACCUGUCAGCGACGGUGAAGACGAACCUAUGGACACAUCCUCUUCCUCCUCCGCUCUCCCUAACGGGUUGGUAAAUGGUUACCCAUCCGCCGCCACUUCCGCUGCCUUGAAUCCUCAUAAUGGGCACGGCGGGACUCACACGCACUCACCGUCCCCUGAGCUGAGGGACUUUGUGUGGAACAUGUUCAGGAAGCAGCAUGUGCUGACGCUGAGCGAAGUCAAGAGGCUGUUCAACCUCCACCUGGCCUCCCUGCCUCCCGGAGACAGCCUGUUCCACUCCAUCUCAGACCGCCUGCUACAGGAUACUAUACUGAUGAGCCACUGCAAACAGAUACUGGUGCCUUUUCCAGCCCAGAGCACAGCAGCUGCUGAUGAGCAGAAGGUGUUUGCUGUGUGGGAGACAGGAGAGACCUUCGACAAGCAUCGUCAGGUCCUGUAUGAGAUCUUCAUGAAGAACUACCGCGUGAGGAGGAACGUGAUCCAGACCAGGCUGACGCAGGAGAUGGGAGACCAGGUUACCAAGGCCGAUGUGGACCGCCUGCUUAAGGAGUGCUGUGUGAGCUUUGGAGGGAUGUGGUACCUAAAGGGUACCCUACAGUCCUGACAACGUUGAGGACACGCCCCUGUGGCCACCAUCAACCAACCAAACCCACUCCCCCAGAGCCUAGUGGGAGGGCUCUGUACGGGAAGGCGGGACAGCCAGACACACAAACCAAUUGUAGCCCUCCUGCCCCCAGCUCUCCGGACUGGGAUUGGAGGACUGAGAUGUCCGUCAUCUGCUCCGGUCAGAACAUGACACUUGUUGUUAAUGCAGCUAAAGAAGUCACUUCUAAGCUCGGCCCAAACGGAGCCGAUCUGUUGGACAGAAGACCUUCCAUAUUCACGCUAAGGGCUGGAGCAGGAGCAGAAGAGAUGUAUAUGACCGAGACAAUACUGAAAAAAUUGGAGGUGAUGUACUAUGUCAUUAUUUCCCAAUCUGUUUCUCUAGUACCCCCAGAACUGCACAUUUUUGCUCUAGCCCAGAACCGGUACACUUGAUCCAACUAAUGUAGGUGGGCUGGUUCAGGGUCUGAGCACAAAUGUGCAGUCCUGGAGGUACUCGAGGAAUGGAUCGGGGAAUACUGUACAGUCGUGGCCAAAGUUUUGAGAAUGACACACCCAUUAAUUUUCACAAAGUCUGCUGCCUCAGUGUGUAUCAUGGCAAUUUGCAUAUAUUCCAGAAUGUUAUGAAGAGUGAUCAGAUGAAUUGCAAUUAAUUGCAAAGUCCCUCUUUGCCAUGCAAAUGAACUGAAUCCCCCAAAAACAUUUCCACUGCAUUUCAGCCCUGCCACAAAAGGACCAGCUGACAUCAUGUCAGUGAUUCUCUCGUUAACACAGGUGUGAGUGUUGACGAGGACAAGGCUGGAGAUCACUCUGUCAUGCUGAUUGAGUUUGAAUAACAGACUGGAAGCUUCAAAAGGAGGGUGGUGCUUGGAAUCAUUGUUCUUCCUCUGUCAACCAUGGUUACCUGCAAGGAAACACGUGCCGUCAUCAUUGCUUUGCACAAAAAGGGCUUCACAGGCAAGGAUAUUGCUGCCAGUAAGAUUGUUCCUAAAUCAACCAUUUAUCGGAUCAUCAAGAACUUCAAGGAGAGCGGUUCAAUUGUUGUGAAGAAGGCUUCAGGGCGCCCAAGAAAGUCCAGCAAGCGCCAGGACCAUCUCAUAAAGUUGAUUCCGCUGUGGGGCACCACCAGUACAGAGCUUGCUCAGGAAUGGCAGCAGGCAGGUGUAAGUGCAUCUGCACGCACAGUGAGGCAAAGACUUUUGGAUGAAGUGCAGCAAAGAAGCCACUUCUCUCCAGGAAAAACAUCAGGGACAGACUGAUAUUCUGCAAAAGGUACAGGGAUUAGACUGCUGAGGACUGGGGUAAAGACAUUUUCUCUGAUGAAAAAUGACUUUGCGAUUGUUUGGGGAAUCCCCUUUCCAAUUGUUUGGGGAAUCCGGAAAAAAAGCUUGUCCUGAGAAGAAAAGGUGAGCUCUACCAUCAGUCUUGUGACAUGCCAACAGUAAAGCAUCCUGAGGCCAUUCAUGUGUGGGGUUGCUUCUCAGCCAAGAGAGUGGGCUCUCUCACAAUUUUGCCUAAGAACACAGCCAUGAAUAAAGAAUGGUACCAAUAUAUCCUCCGAGAGCAACUUCUCCCAACCAUCCAGGAACAGUUUGGUGAUGAACAAUGUCUUUUCCAGCAUGAUGGAGCACCUUGCCAUAAUACAGAAGUGAUAACUAAGUGGCUCGAGGAACAAAAUAUCGAUAUUUUGGGUCCAUGGCCAGGGAAUUCCCCAGACCUUAAUCCCAUUGAGAACUUGUGGUCAAUCCUCAAGAGGCGGGUGGACAAACAAAACCCACAAAUUCUGACAAACUCCAAGCAUUGACUAUGCAAGAAUGGGCUGCCAUCAGUCAGGAUGUGGCCCAGAAGUUAAUUGACAGCAUGCCAGGGCGGAUUGCAGAGGUCUUGAAAAAGGGUCAACACUGCAAAUAUUGACUCUUUGCAUCAACUUCAUGUAAUUGUCAAUAAAAGCCUUAGACACUUAUGAAAUGCCUGUAAUUAUACUUCAGUAUUCCAUAGUAACAUCUGACAAAAAUAUCUAAAGACACUGAAGCAGCAAACUUUGUGGAAAUUAAUAUUUGUGUCAUUCUCAAAACUUUUGGUCAUGACUGUACUAUGCCAUUGAGAAUUAGACUAUUUUGAUAGUGAUCCUUAAUUAUUUUGUUUUUGAAUUAAGCAAAUCAAAUUGUAUUUGUCACAUGCUUCAAAUACAACAUGUGUAGACCUUACAGUGAAAUGCUUACUUACAAGCCCUUAACCAACAAUGCAGUUAAGAAAAUUAUCCAAAAAAUUUAAAUAAGAAAUUAAAUAGAAGUAUUUUACUAGACUGAGGGUGGUGUCCACUAAGGAAGCAAGUGAGUGCAGUUCAUAGUCCAAUUUGUUUUUUAUUUUUUUCUCCACAAUUUCGAUCUUGUCUCAUCGCUGCAACUCUCCAGCCGGCUUGGGAGGUGAAGGUCGAGUCAUGUGUCCUCCGAAACAUGACCUGCCAAACUGCGCUGCUUAACACCCGCCCGCUUGAACCCGGGUCUGUAGUGACACCUCAAGCACUGCGAUACAGUGCCUUGUACCGCUGCGUCACUCGGGAGGCCAGGUCCAAUGAUUUUAACCUGAUAGUGGCCUCUAAAAAAAAUAUGUAUAUUUAAAAAUCCAUUUUACUAAUCGCCUCCCCCGGAGUUUAAGGCCGUAACCAGGGUAGCACAUUGCCAGGCUUGAGUUUUAAAAUUCUCGUUAUUCUUUUCUUGACUUUUAAUUCAGGGAGAGUGGAGGAAUUAUAACUUUGGUUAGAUAUUCACUCCCCCGUCAAUGAUACAGAGGACAGCCCAGCAUCGUGUUGAGGGUUAUAGAUCGGUUGGCUAACAUGAUGCGCGCAUCGAUGUGGCUGGAAGGCGUGAGUUGUUAUGAUUCUGAACGGUCAGAUAGCUAGCAACAAUGACAAGUUGCCAUGUGGGUGGCUCGUUUCAGCUUGUAACUUGUUAACCCUUUGACGCAUACAGUCACUUAUUUGUGAUCAAUGUUGAGUGGUCCCUGCAGCGUACAAUCUCAAAUACGUGAUUGGAACAGUAGCAACAUAACGUAUGAUGCAACAAACGCGUUGUCUGAACAGCAUCUAAAUAUUAUUUUGUACUGAUGGAAAGUAAAGGUCUUAAACUUUAUUCCUCCAUUUUACAAUAAAAUAUCAAAGAUAAGAACUUCAUCAUCCAAGCAUCACACGGAACACAUCCACAGCUCAAACUCAUUCAAUAAACCAGUCUAAGUUGCGCUGACAAAAAAACAAAACACAAGUUGGCAACCUAACAGCUAGACUAGUUUACAAUAUACCACAUCUCUGGUGGGCACAAAAGACUAAUGUAAUGUUUAGAAAAUAAAUGCGUGUCAGCUAAGCUAACAGCAGCUACAUUCUUUAUGAUGGCAGCCAUGUUUCUUUACGUUUUGCGAGAACUCCCUAAUCCCAGACUUCACUAUAAUGCCGCAUUCAAAGCUGGGAAAUUGGAAAUCUCCGACUUCAGUGUAUUGAAAACCACUGGGAACUCUGAAAAUAAUGAGCUCCGACUAGUGAAAAAUAGAUUUGAACAUCGUACAACUCGGGGCCUCUUUCUAAAGCUCUGACUUUCCGAUGUGAAGAUCACUUGUGUCAUGAUUUUACCUUGUAUUUUUCCGAGUUCCAAGUAGUUUUGAACACAGCAUAAGACGCAAAUAAACAAAGUCAAAGAUGGUUGCACCCAUUGCCCAGAAAAUAUCAUGUUUUCACUAACAGGGCUGACAGAUUUGGUUGAAACCAUUUUAGUGGAGUUUGAGGGGCAUUCAUUUAAUUUGUGGGGGGGUUUCAGUGCACGGGGGAAGGUAUCGUGGGGGGAUAUGAUGGACGAAAUAAUACUAUGAAGGGGGAUUUAUCAAUAAAUUGGCGGACAAACACAGAAGUUUAUAAACUAUAAAUAUACUGUGUACUUAGUAAUACUUGAAGUUUAUAUAAAUGUAACCAAGUUUUGGAAGGAGAAUGAUAACUGAUCCACCCACAACAUUCAUCCCCUUAGAUGGCACCAAAGCUUAAUCCUGUCUAGCUCCAUAGUUUACGAAAACCCAUUAUAUCUACAACCUCGCUUCACUCAUGCCACGUUCUCUGCAUACAAUAUAGCUGAUUAGACGCACGCACCAUUCAAUCUGAUUGCCUGCACAAACUACCUCACUUUGUUGCUUACAUGACUUUGUCCACCACCCUGUUCUCAUUAUCCUCCGCCUCGACCAGGCUAAAACCUAUCCAAGCCAUAAUACUCACCGCAUUUGAGAAAUAUCUUCCUCGCUUGGUGACGAGGCAGGCAUCUGUAGGCUACAUGUGGUGAUAAUACGUUGACAUGGUGAUGAAAUGUAGCCACCACUAUAGCCUAGUUUUUCCAGGGGAGAAUAAAUUUGUCAUUUUUAAAAAUGAAGAAAAAGUAUUUAGGAUGCCAGCCUUUCCCGGCCUUAGACAUGGUCGCCAUAUGUACUAUAUAUGCUCAUACCACUCUCUCACUUGUUGUAUGCCACUAUUGUAUCAAAUACACCGGAUUUAGUGCCUCAGGUUUCCCGCCCUAUCUCACACGCAGCCCCGCAGACAGGCUAAUACCAAAGCCUAAAGUGCUAAAAACUCACUCUGUAAGGGCUGUUUAUUCAUAUUUAGAACUUGCGUGUCCAAAGGUUAAUGUCAUGUUUUGACUGAUGUCAUUUCUAUGCUAUUAUGGCAAAAAUUCACAAGCUCGCUAACCAACAACUCUAAUGAUGUAUUUAAGGAGACAAGUGAUCAUUGUGCUAAUGUAUUUGUUUUCAAUUAACAUUUGGAGAAUAUAAUUGACAUGUCAACAGUCUAAGGCGUUAACCCCCCAUCUAUUUUUCCCCAUAGUUGCGCACGCGUUGGCUUUGUUUCUAAACAAUUAGUCUAGAAAACAUUGUUGUACAGCGAUCAAUUAAUAGUUGGAUCAACAUGAGUAGAUAGACACAUUAAACUACUGUUGUGAGUAAAUUAAAAGAGAGGAGUGUGCCGAGGACUGAGGUGAAUUAUAAUACAGGAGUGAAUUGGUGUUGAAGUUAUCGCAAUAAUUUACAACCAAAUACUGUCUGAAUAAAACGUAAUUUUUUUUAUUGAACCUUUUAUUUAACUAGGCAAGUCAGUUAAGAACAAAUUCUUAUUUACAAUGACAGCCUACCACGGCCAAACCCCUCCGACGCUGGGCCAAUUGUGCACCGCCCUAUAGGACUCCCAAUCACAGCCGGAUGUGACGCAGCCUGGUAGCAAAUCCUUUAAACUGUUAACCCAAAGUUGUACCACGAGUGGAGGUGAAUGUUACUUUGAAAGAAACUUAAACAAAUUUAUUUUAUAUUCGAUACAGACAUAUUUCAAAACUGCACAGUUAUGUACUUGGUAGUGGAUCCUCAUGGAAAAUGUGAAUAAAAACAAUUGAAUGUUGAGAUUGGUUUGCUAUUAUUUAACGGUUAGAGUAUUUAGAAGAAAAGAGGAUUGGCGAUGUCUGGGAGAUGAGUGGAUUUAAUUGUUGGCGCAUUCAAAGGAAGCCAACAGAGUACAUGUUAAAAUAUCUGCCAGCAUUGUUUGGACCUGGUAUGAUUUGGUUAAGAUAUGCUUACUGCUGUGUGUCGCCCCUUGCUCCCAUCUUAGGUCUCUAUAAAAGUGCCUCCGCAGACAUUCAGGACAAACUAAGUAAUCACUGAUAUUAAUAUAAAAGAGGUCAAAUUAGAAUGUUUUUCUGACUAUAGCUAUUUUCAACAUCAACAAAAGAAUCUAUCUGGCAUUUCAUGAAGACUUGCACAAUCAGUGCAACCGUCUGAAGCAUUCCACAACUUUCUGUCCAUGCAAUAUUCAGGUUUUUCAGGUUAAUUAAUUUGAUCAAUGAUCUCAAUAGGCUAUUGGUUAUUUUUCUGUUGGUAUGUUCUUUUGCUCAAUAAAAAUUGCAAUAAUGGAAA